AUGUUUAGUGGUUAUACGUCUCUAUCUGCUGAGAUUAUGUCAGAGCACUUCCUAAUGAUCCUGUUCCUAGUGACGUCCUUCUUCAUCAGUUCUUCAGCACUCAACAUCCUCAUUAUCGCUCCAACUCUCUCUUAUAGCCAUGUCUCAUUCAAUGCUAAAAUUGCUGAUAUCUUGUCAAUGAUCCUGUUCCUAGUGACGUCCUUCUUCAUCAGUACUUCAGCGCUCAACAUCCUCAUCAUCGCUCCAACUCUCUCUUAUAGCCAUGUCUCAUUCAAUGCUAAAAUCGCUGAUAGCUUGUCGUCUAAAGGUCACAAAGUGGUGUUAAGAAAAGAUGUGGGCCUUGCGCCAGGACAGCUGUCAAGCAUGCUGUGGAAAAAUCCAAGUCCUUAUGAAGACAGUUCUCCGCUAAAUCUGAGAAUAUUUAUAAAGCUUGUACGAGUUUCAUCAUUGUUUGUCAGAGCUUGCGAAGGUAUGCAUCUUUAA